AAGUUGUUUAACAAGGCAACAUUCAUCUGUCAAAACCAACUAUUACUAUUCAGUCCUAUGAGCGAUUCUCUGUUUCGCAGACCACUGUAUCCUAAUCUACACCACAAUUAGGGUUUCAAAAAAUGAGAUCCGUAUGUUGUUGGAUUGUUGUAUUUUUGUCAAUUAAUGUGUUAUACGACGUCGUUUCCUCUUCCCAGAUAUUAUCUGCUCAUACAGGCGCAUCAUUCAGUCGAAGUUCUAAAGAACCAAAGUAUACGGUUGAGUUUCAUUCAGAAGACGCACCUUUCCAUCCGGAUGAUGACCAGGAAACUAUUCUUAUGCCCAACAAAAAUGGGGAGAAAUUUCUCUGUUAUUUGCCAAAAGUCGAUAAACCGAAGAUUGGUAAACCAGUGACAACCAAUAUAAGCAGUUUGGUUGUGGACACUGAGAAACGCAUCAAGUGGAGGACACCAGAUGAACUACUUGAAGUACUGAAGGAUCGAUGUCUUGUCAGGCAAGAAGGGUGGUGGUCAUAUGAAUUCUGCUACGAGAACAAGUUGAGGCAAGUUCAUUUGGAGGAUGAGAAGUUGGUUCAAGAAUUUAUCUUGGGUUAUUAUGAUGCCGAGGCUACCGCAGCUUAUCAUCAGAAUCGCUCAGAUAAUUCAGUACUAAAGGAUCCCCGUUCGAAAGAUGCAUCACAAAGGUAUCAUGCUCAUAUCUAUACAAAUGGAACCAUAUGUGAUUUAACGAAUGAGCCACGACAAACAGAGGUGAGAUUUGUUUGCUCAGAACCUAGAGCUAUGAUAAGCUCUAUAACUGAAUUAUCCACCUGCAAGUACGCGCUCACCGUACACUGCCCAACCCUCUGUAAGCACCCGCUCUUUCAUGAAGAAAGGCCAGUGUGGCAUACCAUUUACUGUAAUAAACUUCCAAAAGAUUACACAGAAACGAAAGUUGAAGAAGACAAUUUUGAAAAUCAAAAGAUCGACAUGGUGACAGACUCAGUUUAUCAGCCUUCGAGUGAUUCAGACGAACACGUGAAAGUGGAGGAAGACGAUUCAGAUGAACAUGCCAAUGUUGAGGGAGACAGUUUAGAAGAUGAAAAUAUCACCAUAGCAACAUAAAUACAGACAUGACCAAUGAAGGGAAAUUUUCUAUUUACUGCAGAAAUGCUACAUUCGUUGGCUUAUCAACAUCAAGCUGUUUCAACUCUUUUACUAUUUUCUAUUUGUUUAUCUGAUUCAGUAUAGAACUUUUAGGAAACGGAAAAAACAUUUUUCUUAAGGUA